UCCACGCUCUAACAAGCGGCGGCGCGUUUGCUGUUGAAGGUUCCACGCAAUUUACUUUAACCUUAAUUCUUUUCGUCUGCUGCGAAUCUCUUUGUCUCUCCAUUUUACUACAGCACUUAAAAAGGCGAAGCGUUUCUGCAAUCUUGGCAUCCUUUCUUACGACCAUUUUUGGAUUCUUGAAGCUUCUUGGCGUCCGUUUAUUUAUGAGCAUCGAAUUUGAAUCGGUAAUUUCAAUCAAUUUCUUUACCAAACUUUAUAUAGUUAGGGUUUAUUCGUAAAGGAGUUCGUGCCAUUCUUUCGAUUGAUCGAUUUUUGGGAUCGACAUCUUUGUGCUACAGAUGCAAUGGAUUCUUCAGGGUUCGAUCUCGGGACCUAGAUUCGGUCUGUUGUCCUGUUUCCGGUUGAGAAUUCGUUGAAGAAUUUGGGUUACCGUCAUCUCUAUCUCCGUUUGAUCAUCGAUUUCCAGCUACUGCGAUGUACCACGACGACGCUUCCGAACCAGUCCCUUUCUUCGUGCCGAGAUUGCGUCGCAGCGGAAGAAAUAGCGAGGAUCGCUCCCCUUUCAAUCGUAUCAUUGUUCUACGCAACCCCUCUAAUGUUGGCGCUAUUAGUAAUAAUGAUAUUGGAGGUGGAGGAAAUUAUGAGAUUUAUUAUGAUGAUGGUACCGGGGCUAGCCUGCGCCCUUUGCCUUAUAAUAUAUCCGAGUUCUUGAUGGGAACGGGGUUUGAUCGUCUUCUCAAUCAAUUAGCGCAGCUGGAGGUGAACGGGGUUAGCCCAUUGGAACAACCACCGGCUUCUAAGGCUGCAAUCGAAUCAUUGCCUGUGGUUAAGAUUCUUGAUAGUCAUGUGCCUAUGGAAUCGCAUUGUGCGGUCUGUAAGGAGCCAUUUGAGCUCGACUCUGAAGCUCGAGAAAUGCCGUGUAAGCAUAUUUACCAUUCGGAUUGCAUACUUCCUUGGCUUUCUAUCCGGAAUUCUUGUCCUGUUUGUAGGCACCAGUUGCCUACCAACAGUGGCAGAAGCUCCCCUGCGUCUGCUGAAGACAUUGUUGGAUUAACAAUUUGGAGGCUUCCGGGUGGGGGAUUUGCUGUUGGAAGGUUUACUUGGGGUAGGGAAGCUACCCAACAUAACCUUCCUGUUGUUUACACUGAAAUUGAUGGUAGUUUUAGUACCACCAGUGGUGUUCCAAGGAGGAUUACAUGGGCGUCAAGCGGAGGAAGAUCAAACGAAGGUGGUGGUUUUCGUCGUCUUCUACGCAGUUUCUCCUCCUUUUUUGGGAGGUUUAGAAGUUCAUCCCGUCGUUCUAGUUCGGGACCUGGUUUGAUAUGAAGGAGCUUCUCUGCUACGUUAGUUAAUAUGAAUUCCCACACCAUGUACUCUCUUUAGAAAUUGCACGACACAGAAUGCAUAACGGCCCUUUGGACGACGUGUAGAUGUCCAAUUUUUGUUUUAUUAGGUGUUUAUAAGCUAUACAUCAAAAAAGAAAUACAGGAUUCAAUAACUUAAAUGUAGCUGACUGGAGAAUUUUUGACACUGUGGGAGACAUGUAUAUAUAGAGAUAGGAAGGGGGAGGGCUGUACAAUCUGCCUGAUCAACGGUUUUUGGCAGUUCAAGUAUUUGGUUGUCUUUUGCUGUUUGAGGACAGAAUGAUGUCUAGUAGCAAUGUAACCUUGUAACUUCACUGCAAAGCAGGUCUUAUCCUUAAAAAAAUAUGAAAAUCUACUGUUUUUAGUA